CCCUUGCGCUACAUGGGGCUCAGCCCAUUUUCCAGCUGUACAAAGCUGACACCCCUUGUCACAUUCGUGUUUAGCUGUUUGAACGCUUCGGACGCUUCCGUUCGCAUUCGAUCCUUGCCGGCUUGCGAUCGAACUGCGCGCCGUAGCCUUUCUCUGCCACCAGUCGGAUUACUUGAUACCAUUAAAGCUCUGCACCGCCGCGAAAAUGGCCCCGGUCACCACCGCAUCGAUUCAGGCCGGCCUUCCGGAAGGCCUGUGGGCAAAAGCGACCUCGCACCCGUUCCUGGACGCUAUCGCUGAUCGGACCAUCCAGCCCGCGCAGUUCAACACCUGGCUGGUCCAGGACUACUUUUACGUGCGCUCCUUCGUGCGCCUCACCGCCGCCACCAUGCUGGCGGCGCCGGACCACCACCUGGACGUGCUGCUGGGCGGCAUGGCGGCGCUACAGUCCGAGGUGGCCUGGUUCAAGGCCAAGGCCGCGGAGCGCGGCCUGCAGCUGGAAGGCACGCCGCUUCAGCCCGCCGCCCGCGACUACAUCUCCUGGGUGGAGCAGCUGUUCGCACCCGCGGCGGCGGCGGCGGCGGGCGCCGACAACGGCGGCGGCGCGGGCAAGGCGGCGCCGUACGCGGUGCUGGCGGUGGUGUUUUGGGCGAUAGAGGCGUGCUACAACACCGCGUGGGGCAGCCUGCGCGGGCGCGUGGCUCCCGAGUAUGACGAGUUCGUGGAGCGCUGGGGCUCCAAGGAGUUUGUGCAGUACGUGGCGGACCUGGCCGUGCAGGCGGACGCGGCGCUGGCGGCCGUGCCGGCAGACCAGGCGGCGGCUGUGGCGGCGGCGGCGGAGGCGGCGGUGCGGCGGGUGGCGGAGCUGGAGGUGGGCUUCUGGGCCAUGGCCUUCCACGUCGACAGCAAGUAGAGGGAGCUGGAAAGCAGGGAAUCAAAGAAGCAGGGAGCAGGAAGUACGGGGCUUAGAGAAGGAGCAAAUGUGGCGUGACGUGUUGGCUGCACAUCCGCGGGGGCGCAAGCAGGCAUCAACUAGUAGUCGGUGGGUGGCACGGAGCAGUGGAGCUGCCGAGAUGGUGACUGACCGUGUGCCGAAAGCUGUAUAUUGUCAUCACCUGGUUUGAAGAUUUUGGCCUCGCCCAGGCUGCCACGUGUGUGAGUGGCCGGCUGGGGGCGCUUCGGAGUUCGGCGGUCCUUGGCGUGUUACCUACGCACCGGCGUUGUCAGUGGCCAAUCAAGGGCUGUUGCUGGUUUCUACACUAGGCAAAUUUGACUGUGUUCUAGACGUAUUAAUGACAUGCGUCGGAAUGCGCACCAUGUGAUGGCGGCAUCGAAGAGCAUGUGGUUACGUGGGGGCGCUUGUGUGCCGAUUGCUGAAGCGAUACGGUGAAAGGAUGGGGUGAAGGAAGGCUGCGGGUCG